UGUACACGUAGCUCAUUUGGAAAUGGCAUCUAAGAAAUUUGCCAUUAAAUGUGGAAAUUUUGCUGUCCUCGUGGAUCUUCAUGUAGUGCCACAAGGUUCAAACAAAGAUUCCAGUUGGUUUUCUGAACAGAAAAAAGAGGAAGUUUGUUUGCUGUUAAAGGAGGCCAUUGAUUCCAGAGUUAAGGAGUACGUGGGCAUUUAUAAACAGCACAGGCCUUCAAAUGCAGAAUUCACAAGAUCCAGUCCCUUGUCCUUAAAAGGUUAUGGCUUUCAGAUCACAGCCUAUUUCGUCAAGAGAGGAAUACAUCUUCGCUGUAUUCAGAGCUCACAGAACACUGAACUUCGUAUAUUUCCUGACAGAUUUGUGGUCUGUGUUAGUCAGCUUGCAUUUGGUCCUGGUACUUGGGCAAGCCAGAAUGAAAAGUCGACAAAAAGAACCUUCCAUGGAGUGUCUGACUAUUUUGCUGAGUGUGCAAAGAGUUCUCCUUCUCCUGCUACAAAGUGCAAGAGAAACGCUCUACAAGAAAUUGUGAGAAGAACGAAAGCAAAAAACAAUGCUGAGAGCAAAUCACAGACCAGCACAGACCUUGUGGGAAGACCUAGUGACUCAGUCAUUGCUUUGGUACCAAGUAGGAGGGAUGCCUCAGCCAUUCUCCUGUCAGAAACCAUGGGUCAAGCACAAGAUGAUGUAAAAGCAGCCAAGAGCCACCGGGGGCUUCCUGUUCAAAAGCUGGAAAAUGUUUCUCAGACUCAGCCAGAAGACACUAGCAGCCAGCAACAGCCUCAUCCUGGGGAGUGGUUAAAGACGGGGCUUCUAAGCAGGAGCCCUGUGUGUAGCUAUGAGUCAGCAUCACCAGGUCCAAAGCAAAGUCCACGAGCAGCCAAGACACAACAGAAAAGCAGGAACUGUGGCUCUGUGGAAGACUCUGGCCACCGCAGGAGAGUUUCUCUUGGAAAUGAUGGAUUAAUCCCAGGAGAUGUGAUGGUGGAGGAGAGCACAGCUGUCAGUGUUUUGCCAGCGUUAGAGUUGUCAGAUACAGGGUUGCUUUUGAAUCAAGAUUUGGCAAAAGCCACAGCUAAAGAAGAGCUACAUGCUUCGGAAAACUUCUCCUCCAGACACCUUAUGACAAACAACCCAGGGCUGGCGCAGCGAAACCGCUCAGCUGCAGUUGAUGAAAGAUUAGCUACAGUUCAAGGCGGCCCAAGCAAAAAAAGAAAGAAGCUGCAAAGUUCUAGCAGAGGAUGUAGCGGCAAGAAAAGCUUAAGUAUAUAGUUCCUGGGAUUUGAAAAGAAUUGGGGUAAUUACAUUAAACAAAUAUUUGGAGGCUGGGAGAUGUCUCAGCUCUUAAGAUCACUUACUACUCUCGAAGAGGACCCAGGUUGAGUUCCAGGCAUCCACAAGGUGACUCACAACCAUCAUGAAUGAACUCCAGAUCCAGGAGACACAGCACCCACUUUUGGCUCCCAUGGGCACCAGGCAUGUACAUGGUAUGCAUACAAACAAGGAGGCAAAACACACAUACACAUGAAAUAAAUCUUAAAAAAAAAAAAAA